GAAGACAAAAGUGAAGAACGUUUCAUGGCGGACUUUAGCAUUUGAAAGACUUUACGAGAAGCGAAUCGAAAUCCCUUAACGGCCUACGAAGGAGUUUUAUUAUAUAACUUAUACAUCACUGAAUGUCCAUGGCUAAUAAGAAGCUGGAAAAGAGACAGGCACUGGAAUAAUAAUCCACAUUGAUAACAGUGUGAGUUCUAAAGCGUGGACGGCACUGUUUAGAUGGUUAUUGAUUGCCUUUCUUUACGUUUACUCGGCAACACAAGGAGCAAGCUUUGUUAAACAGGAAAGGAUUUUUCACCUAAUUGCUAGUGUUCCACCGAUCCGGUUGAUUUUUUAUCGAACAGCCCAAAUUCAGUACACUAAUUUAAUUGUUUGGCUGGCAUUGUGUGUUUACAACGCUGUACGAAAUACUAAAGUAACUGCAGAGUCCGUCAAGAUAUUAAAUCAUCUUGUUACUUGGUGGUUUACAUCGUGAUGCUCGUUGCAUCUCAACAAACAUCGGUGCAAUAACUUGGAACAAGGUUUUCUAGGAUGGAUGAAGCCCUUUUGUUGAACAAAAUAUGAACAUCCUCAUUUCACUGGCGAACGUACAAUUUCAAAGGAAUACUUAGACUAAACAGUUGCAAUCUAUAUGGAAAAGUACGAGAAUUUGGGUCUUGUUGGAGAGGGAUCGUACGGCAUGGUGAUGAAGUGUCGACAUAAGGACUCCAACCAGAUUGUAGCCAUCAAAAAGUUCAUUGAGAGUGAAGAUGACAAAAUGGUCAAAAAGAUUGCGUUGAGAGAAGUGAGAAUGCUCAAGCAACUCCGCCAUGAAAAUCUGGUUAAUUUGAUAGAAGUGUUUAGAAGAAAGAAACGUCUCUUUUUAGUAUUUGAAUUCGUUGAUCACACUGUGUUAGAUGACUUGGAAAGAUAUCCCAAUGGCUUAGAUGAACUCACUGCAAAAAAGGUUAUGUGGCAAGUGCUGCGGGCCGUAGAGUUCUGUCAUAAUCACAAUAUAAUACAUAGAGAUGUUAAACCUGAAAAUAUUUUAGUUUCAAAAAGUGGAAUUGUGAAGUUGUGUGACUUUGGUUUUGCAAGGACAUUAGCAGCAGGCCCUGGUGAAGCCUAUACUGAUUAUGUUGCUACACGGUGGUACAGAGCACCUGAGCUUUUAGUAGGAGAUACUAAAUAUGGAAGAGCUGUAGAUAUUUGGGCCAUAGGCUGUUUAUUAGCUGAGACUCUAACAGGAGAGCCACUCUUUCCAGGAGACUCUGACAUYGACCAACUAUAUCAUAUCAUGAGAUGUUUUGGUAAUUUAAUAACCAGACAUAAGGAAAUAUUCCAGAAGAAUCCACUUUUUGUUGGCAUGAGAUUGCCAGACAUCAAAGAAGUUGAGCCUUUAGAAAGACGGUUUCCAAGAAUCAGUCCUUUAGCAUUGGAUUUAUUGAAGCUAUCCCUUAAGAUGGAUCCAGUAGACAGACCAUCGUCAUCACAAUUGUUGAAGCAUGACUACUUUAGGAAAGAUAAUUUUUCAGAAAGAUUUGCUCAAGAGUUAAAGACAAAAAUAACCAAAGAAAAUGCUGAUAAUCCUUUGCUAAAACUACUCAGUGGAUCAAAACACGAAGAAGCAGAGGAAAAAGCAAAACGAAAAGAAAAGAAAAUGAAAAAGCUGCAAGAAGCAAGAGAAACAAGGGAAAGGGAGGCAAGAAAGAAUGAAAUACGGGAAUCCAAGAAACACAAAGAAACCAAAGAUACAACAAGUACAGAAAAAGUUGGUAAAAAACAGCCACUUCCUUCAACAAAUCAAAGUUCUUCAUCAUCGCAAGCACAAGAGAAUGUUUCACCAACACAYGCAUCAUCUCUUGCCUCAACAUCUUCUUUACAUGCUAGUACAUCGUCACAUUCAACCCCAGGAACGCCUUUAGAAACAAUCAACAUUGCUAAUUCGCAYGGRCGUCAAUUGUCACCAAUACAAAGUGCAAGCGCAGUCAGACAUUCACCUACAAGGCACUCUCCUACAGACACACACUCAACUCAAAAUGUUAAUGCUCACCCUACAACGAGUGUGUCAUCAGUCUUGUCAACCAAAAAUAGUGGUUCACAUGCACUUACAUUGUCGAAAACCAACAUAAGUUUGUCAGUUGUUGGAACACCAAGUCAUGAGUCACCAACACUGGGGCCUCCAGCAUUUAGAGUAACAGCUGACAACACAAGGUCAAAGAAACAAACUGUAGGAUAUAAUAAAAAAUCAACUGGAUCAAGUCAACAUCAAUCGCACUAUUUAAACUCAGAUAUAAACUAUGAUACUAGAACUUUUAGUAAUUAUGACUUAAGUGGUCGGCAUAGUGAUAUAGGAUCAUGGCAGGAUUCACGGCCAAGUUUAGAAUCUAGUUCCAAGAAAAAGAGAGACAAAGAAGUAUUUAGGGACAGAUUAAGAAGUGAAAAUGAGCUUCCACAUUUACCAGACCUGCAUGGAAUUGAAGGAAAAAGCUACAAAGGAAGUAAAGCUAGUAAGAAAACUUCAAUAUCCAUGAUGCCCCAUAUCACAAAUUUAACACCUUUCCAAAAUGGACCAGCAGGACAUCAUCAAGGUUCAUCGCCAUCAAGUCAUCAUCAAGGCAACAGUAGUAGCCAUGACUCUAAUCUGCCRUCAGUGUAGCAGCAUACAAAAUUAGAUUAAUAACAAACAUAUUUAAUAUAAAACAGCAACUGACAUGUUUUUGCAAUCUGAAGGCAUUUAUAGGUUUCAAAUAAUGUCAGUCUUGAGUUACAAUAAAAAAUGAUAAUAAUAUAAGCUUUGUACUUAUUUAAAAUGCAUGUAUAUAGUUACCAAUACUCUAACAUAAAUGUUCUCAGAUUUAUGUUUAUAUAUCGAUAUUAUUGUCUUAAUUUAUGGAACCGUUAUGUUAAAACAUAUAUUAUGUUGACAAUAAGGUGUUGAGCAUUAUACUGGCAAGGAAAACAGCAUAGUUCUGUGGAAAAUGUAUCUGAAUUUAUGUUGCAACUGUAGCAACCAUCAACACUAUAGCUGGAACUUGUUGCAAAAAUUAUGGAAGCAGACCUGGAAUGAAAUCAUGUUUGUAAGAAUAUUUCUUAUCUGUGUCAUGUCAUACCUGUUUUAAAUCAGAAAAUUUAAGUGAAUCUGAAAGAAUAUUUUUCAGUAGUUUAUAAGUACAAGGGGAAGAAUUUCUAAAAAAAAACUCUCUGAAAAGUUCAUUAAGAGUGCUCUUUAGAGGUUGUUUCUCUCCAGAGGUCACUAUAAAAAGAGCAGUAUGAUGUUCAGACAUAGAUUAGGAACAACACAAGACAACUGCAGAUGACAUAUCAUUAGACAUUAAUAUGGCGUGACUUUUCUCUACUUCAGCCAAUGAGUUUAUUAUAAAUUAUAUAAUCAAUAUAUAUGUCUUUUUUUUUUGAAAAGGUGAAAUAAACAUUUUCUAAUCAAGUUUACUGUAUUUAUGACCACAUAAAAAUCUAUUUGAUAGGCAUGGUUAUAUAAUAUUUAGUUCUUACAUGAACUGACAGUUUCCAAUCCUUUGCUGUCACUAUUUAUUGUUUUGAUUUUUUUCUACAUUAAGGCAAAGGCACAGGAAUCCUGAAACAGCAAAAAAAGUUUGUGCAGCAUGCUGGGUUGGAGAACAUAAUAAAAGGCCUGUYCAUACUGGCAAUUUCUGCAGCAAUUAUUUAGAUGAUUUUCCAAAAGAUAAUAGAUUUAAAUUUGUGUUAUCCUUGUGAAGAGACAUUUUGUUAGCUCAUUUCAGUACAAKUAAUAAAACUUUGAUCAAAAGUACUGAAAAGCCGAAGCAAAAAUUGACAUUUUGAACAGGAUGACAACGUUGAAAACUUUUAAAGGUAUAAUGAUUUUCACACUUUCUACAUCAAUUUCAACUCCUGAAGGUUUGAAAUUUCACUGCUGCAGUCCAUACUACUUUUGUGGUAAUAUAGAAACAGCUAAAUUAUGUUUGACAGUGAAAUAUCUAGUGGUAAACAUCCUAAUAAUGGAUGUAUUCAUCAUAAAUACCAAAAAUUGUAAUGUUAUUUUGACGUAUAAAAUGCACAUUUAUAAUUCAAUGGUUGUAAGGUUUUGAAGUAUUUUUUUGUAAUUUCAAAGUUCAUAUAAGCAUAUGAGCUGUAUACAAAAAUUAUCUCAAUAUUUUACCAUGAAUUGMACAUUCGCAAUAAUAUAUUCUACAUUAAUGUACCAUAACUGACAUUUGUAUCUGCAAGUAUUUCCACUCUAUAGGCCAUUUUCAAAUUCCUGUAUGCCUUUGAAUACAACUUAUAAUUAAAAAAACAAAACAACUUGCAGAUACAAAGUUUCUGAUUAAAUUUGGACAGGUUUGUUGCCUGCAAUGAUAAAAAGUGAUAUAUAUUACAUUAUUUAAAAUGAAAAUCCACCAUGUUUUGCAUUGAAUUCAUCUAUUGCUUCGUUCAUCUUUCGAAGUCUUUCUUCAGCAGCUUCUCUACAUAUACAAGAAAAAAAUAUAAUUGAACAAUAACUACUUA